AUGCGCCUAACCCCGAGACUAGCUCCUAUUAUAGGGGUAACAUUGCUUACAGGUACUACGUUAGCCGCCAAGGUAGACCUAUCGCAGUAUGUGAACCCACUCAUAGGCUCUGAAGGCCCUGUUCCGGGCUCGGGCUUUGGUGGAGGUGAUAUCUUUGUGGGUGGUGCGCGUCCAUUUGGUGUCGCCAAGGUUGGAAUUGAUUCGACGGCCGCGAAUUGGAGCACCGCUGUGCUUAAUGGAGGCUGGACACCCGAUGGCAAUGUUACGGGUAUCAGUAUGAUGCAUGAGAGUGGAACUGGUGGUUCUCCUAAAUAUGGGUUGAUAUCGCAGAUGCCUUUGACGUCUGUUGAUAGUCCUGUCAAUAUCCUUGACAAUACAACUUACAGCCAGCCGAGGAUUGGUGACGAUAUAGCUCGUGUCGGAUAUUAUAAGACCCAGUUGAAGAGUGGUGUCACUGUUGAGUUGUCUGCGUCGCGACAUGCGGGCAUCAUGGAAUAUUCUUUCCCGGAGGGCGAGAAGCAUGUGCUUAUUGACGUUUCUCAUUAUCUUCCCGGAUCUCCUGGUGAUGCGAACGGCCAGUUUUACACUGGAGGAGAGAUUCAGAUCGAAAACGAUGGGAAGACAUACAGUGGUUAUGGCACCCAUAUCCAAGGCGCUCCAUUUACUGUUUACUUCUGGGGAGAAUUUGCCGAGAAAUCGGACAGCACGCGAACAUUCUCUGGCGUCAACACGGAUCAUAUGCCUCGGUACCACAACCUUGCAGAUGGUGGUGUCAGUGAGCCGGUAUAUGGGAACAGCACGAGGAAGGUAGUCUCUGGGCCAAUGAAUAAUCGCAUUGGUGCACUUUUCAGCUGGAAGAAUGGACCUGCCUCGUCCGUCAUCUCCCGUGUUGGCAUUUCCUCCAUUUCCACCGACAAGGCUCGCUCGUACAUUCAGAAGGAAAUUUCAUCAUGGAAAUUGAAUGACACCGUAACUGAUUCGGUUAAUGAGUGGAAUGAUGAUGUCUUCCAAAAAGUCCAGGUACCAUUGGAUGAUUCCGCUAACAUGACUCAUGUUCGUUUGUUGUACAGCUCUUUGUACUUCAUGCAUUUGAUGCCAUCGGAUCGGACGGGAGAGAAUCCUCUGUGGGACUCAGGAGAGCCAUUCUGGGAUGAUUUCUAUACAAUGUGGGAUAUUUUCCGUUGCACUGUCAGCUUCUACCAUAUAUUCCAGCCCGAAUACUACGAGUCUAUGAUUCGAAGCUUGAUUGAUAUCUGGAAACAUGACGGCUAUAUGCCAGACGGCAGAUCCGGCAAUUGGAAUGGUCUUGUUCAAGGUGGAUCAGACGCAGACAAUGUCCUCGCUGAUGCCUAUGUCAAAGGCCUCCGUGGCGCCAUAAAUUGGACUGAGGGAUAUCUAGCAAUGAAGAAAGACGCCGAGGUGACCCCCUACAACACAUUUGACCCAACAGACCUCACUGCCAGCACAAAAGAAGGCCGUGGUGCACUCGACGACUGGAAGGAGUUGGGCUACGUGUCUCAGGACCACAAUACCCGGUGCAUCUCCCGUACUGUCGAAUAUAGUCUGAAUGAUUUUGCGGUCAGCCAGGUAGCUGCUGGAGAGAUGCCUGAGGACCGAGAGAAGUAUCUCAACCGAUCUGCUGGGUGGCAGAACAUUUGGGACGCAAGCGUGAAGAGCCUGAACUUCACGGGCUUCUUGGCACCAAAGUUCUCGAAUGGAAAGUUUAACAGCAGUGGCUAUGACCCGCUCUACUGCUAUGACUGCGAGUGGUCAUCAUACACGUAUGAGGGCAUUCCAUGGGAAUACUCAUUCGUCAUUCCACACGACUGUGAAACACUAAUUGAAUUGAUGGGUGGACCUGAGACUUUUGAGUCUCGUCUAGACUUGAUGUUCCAACCGAACACGUCCGUCCAGAAUCUUGGGGCAAAUGGCGCAGGUAUUACCACGCUGAUCAAUAUCGGGAACGAGCCUGAUUUUGCAACACCAUACCUCUACAACUACAUCAACAAGCAGGCCAAGAGUGUCGAGCGAUCUCGCAGCCUUGCGAACCAAUACUUCAAAGACGCCGCAUAUGGAGUCCCAGGCAACAGUGAUGCUGGUGCAAUGAACUCCUGGCUAUUGUGGCAGAUGCUUGGCAUCUAUCCCAUUGUCACACAGCCCGUGUACCUGAUCUCCUCUCCUUGGUUCCCCGAUCUGAACAUGACAGUUAGUGGAAACAAGACGCUGCGCAUCUCUGCGGCAGGUUUGGAUACUGGAUACCACGUUCAGAGUGUGAAGAUCAAUGGGAGACAAUGGACCAAGAAUUGGUUCGGGCAUGACGACGUCAUGACUAACGGCGGCCACAUUGAGUUUGAACUUGGCCAGGAUGCGAAGCCGUGGGAGUCUGGAGAAGUGCCACCUUCACCAGGACAUGUCCAGCUGAAGUAG